CAAGGUUUUUAUGUUUUUUGCCAAAAAUAAAAGUAAAGAAAUUACAGGCAAACGGAGACGCCCGUCUUUGGCCAGAGCAGGGCUGAAACAAGGCGGCCGUGAAAGGGAAGCUCUGCGGCCCAGCAGAAAAGCGGCUCCGCUGCGCGCGCGCAACAAACAACAGCGGCGAGGAAAACAGCAGUGGGCAGAGGAGACCGGCAAUCGGACGAGGCGUCAAGCCUGGAGUCAGCCUAUGGCUUCAAGGGCGAGCAAGAAAAAAAGAGGAUGAGUAGAAGCCGGAGCCUGGAUUGAUUGCUCUGCAGGAGCAGAAUAGCCGCAAGAGACAGCACUGAUCAAAGCAAAAAUGAAAAAAAAAAAAAAAAA